UCCUAAUGCCGAACGGUCGCUGGCUCCCUUGGCAAAAAAAAAUAUAUUAAAUUGCACACAUUACGAAAAUGACGUCACUGCGCGGAAGGGCGUUCUUGUGGAUAUAUUUGCUUUUUCUAAUGGCUGAGAUCUCUUAUUCGGAUGCAGAUUCAAUUGAUGAUCAGUGCAGGCACGCGGACAGCUGCGAAAGAUGCUUAUCCGCUCAUCUGGAAUGCGCUUGGUGCACGGACAAGAAUUACCAAGUGGGAUAUCGUUGUCUCUCUCGCCGGCAACUACUUAACUACAACUGCAGUGAAACGGAUAUAUACGAGAACCAGCCGGUCCUAGAUGUCCUUCAGGAUAAGCCCCUAAAGGACUACGAAACCAGGGAUCAGGCUGUUCAGGUCACACCCCAGCGGGCAUACCUUAAGUUGGUCAAAGGAAACACGCAAAGAAUCAAGCUGAGCUAUAGAACUGCACGCAACAAUCCACUCGAUUUGUACGUACUGAUGGAUCUAACCUGGACAAUGAGGGAUGAUAAGGAAACCCUGGAGGAGUUGGGAGCCCAACUGAGUCAGACUCUAAAAAAUCUAACAGGAAACUACAGACUGGGAUUCGGUUCCUUCGCGGACAAGCCAACUCUACCCAUGAUUCUGCCUCAGCAUAGGGAAAACCCCUGUGCUGCGGAGCGGGCCACGUGUGAACCAACCUAUGGAUAUAGACAUCAACUUUCGCUAACCGAUGAUAUACCAGCGUUCACCUCAACCGUGGCGAACAGCAAAAUCACUGGAAACUUGGACAAUCUCGAAGGCGGCUUGGACGCUCUGAUGCAGGUUAUAGUGUGCACCAAGGAAAUCAGCUGGAAGGAACAAGCUCGAAAAGUGGUGAUCUUAGUGACCGAUGGCUUUAUGCACUUAGCGGGGGACGGACUUCUAGCAGGUAUUAUCCAGCGCAAUGAUAAGCAGUGUCACCUGAAUCAAGCAGGUGAGUACACGGGUUCAUUGGACUACGACUACCCCUCGCUGGAAGAAAUCUAUCGGGAGUUGCUUCGUCGCAAGAUUAAUGUAAUCUUUGCUGUCACCGAGGAGGUGGUAAGUAGCUAUUGGGAACUCAGUGGCCUAAUGAAGGAAAUCAGUUACGUGGAUAUUCUGAGUGCUGAUUCCUCUAAUAUAUUGGAACUAAUCAAAAAGAGCUAUGAGAGUCUGAUUAAACGCACUCAGUUUGCCGAUAAUAGCCCGGAUUUUAUUGACAUGGCUUACUAUACGGAUUGCGGUGGUCAGUUUCCCAGCUUACAAAAGCGGAAUUACUGCAAUAACGUCACUCUGGGCAAGCAGAUUGAUUUCUACGUGGACGUCACCCUCAAGAAAUAUCCCGAUAAUCAGGCUUAUACGCACAAAAUCCGGGUGGAGGAAACCUCCUUGAGCGAGUUCAUGGAUUUGGAUGUUGAGCUUCAGCGGCCGUGUCCCUGCCAGGAAACUCCACAUCCGGAAAACGAGAAAGGCCGUUUCCUGUGCGAUUAUAAGGGCUAUUUGUACUGCGGAAUGUGCGAAUGCGACGAGGGGUGGACUGGGACCUAUUGCACUUGUCCCACAGGUGCCACAAAUGUCACCAGCAAUGAAGCUCUGCUCCAGAAAUGCCGUCAACCGUUUUCGGAUAAAUCCACUUCCGAAUUGGUUUGCUCCAAUCACGGGGACUGUGACUGCGGAAUUUGCCUGUGUGAUCCUGGAUAUACGGGUCCUUUUUGCGAGUGUCGCGAAUGCCUGGACUGCGAUGAAAAGCUGGCGAAUUGUUCUUGCGGCCAGUGCGUUUGCAAAUACGGAUGGUCGGGUAGCAAAUGCAACUGCUCCCCAUUGCAUACCGAUGCCUGUGUGGGACCCACUGGCGAAAUAUGCUCGGAAAGAGGCACCUGCCAGUGCGAGAAGUGCCAGUGUGAGGAGCCGUAUUUGGGUAAAUUCUGUGAAAUCGAUCCAGAGAAGGACAACAAACUGUGUUUGUUCUAUGAGCCCUGUGUCACAUGUCUGAUCGAGCAAAAACAGGGAAUGGGAGUCUGCGAAAACUUGACUGAAAUUUGCAGCAGUUUGGAUAGACAAGAAACCUAUCCAUACAACUUUGUCCACGAGCUGGAUCCCGAGCAGGAUCAAUGCUUGGUGCGACUGGUGAACAAGCAUGGCAUCCAAUGUGACAGCUUCUUCGCCUACCAGGUCGUCGACCACUCAAACUUCUUGACCAUCCAGGCAGUUGAUUGCGAGCCCUCGGAUUACGUGGCUCUGGUGGGAUAUAUAUCGGUAUUUACUCUGCUCAUUGGACUCUUGACCAUUUUCCUAUUUCUGUGGUACAUUCGAGCUAAGGAUGCUAGGGAAUAUGCCAAGUUUGAGGAAGAUCAGAAGAACAGUGUCCGACAGGAGAAUCCCAUUUACAGGGAUCCAGUGGGAAGAUAUGAAGUGCCCAAGGCGCUAAGUGUUAAGCAUGAUGAGAAUCCUUUCGCAAGUUAACUUUGAAAAACGUUUUUUAAAAUUUAUUAGAUUGUACUUCAGCCAACCUACGUCUGAACAUUUUUUCAAUAUUUGUUUAUGCCCGUUACUCGUAGAGUCAUAUGAUACACUAGAUUCGAGUUGAAAAGUAUGUAACGGGAAAAAGUAAGCGUUUCCGUUCAUAUAAAGUAUAUAUAAGUAUAUUUUCUUGAUCACUAUAAAUAGCCGAAUGAAUCUGGCCAUGUCCGAGCGUCCGUUUUUUUUCUAAUUUCGUUCCCAAUUUCUGUCGGUAUUCAAAAAAAUCUCUCCUUCGAAUUUUCACUAGAUGAGUAAUGGAUAACUGAUAGUCGGGUAACUCGACUAUAGCACUCUCUCUCUUGUUUUUAAGCUCUUUUAACUCGAAAUUGACGAGUUUACGAAAAUAUUAAUACAAAUAUUAAUUUUAAGUGUUUAUUAGAAGUAAGAAGCCCCGUUCUGUAAUAACAAUCCAAUUCCAAGACUGGUCACAACAAUAGCACUAUUAAGAUCAAUGUUUUUAUAUAAUAUAUUUAGAACAUAAAUUUGUUUUUUAUACAUAAAAAUUUAAUAAAUUUGUGCAAAAAUU